CCUCAGCGCCCGGUCCCUCAGGGCGGCCCCGCUCCCGCCCCGACCCCGUCUUGGAAAGCGCUCCCUCCGCGCCGUCCAACUUUAUAUUUGCCUUUAUUUUCCUCCCCCGGCUGCCAAGGGAGAGGUUUAUACACACAAUCAGAGCAAAUAGAAGGAGUUCAGCCGGAUCGCGUUUCACCGGCAGCCCCCUUCCGAGGGGCUUAACGACGGGGGGGGAGAAGGAGCGAGCAGGGAGCGGCGGUGCCACGGCGGGACGGCUCCGGCUCCUACCGGGAGCUGCCUUCCUCCCUCCUUCUCCUCCUCCUCCUCCUCGUCAGCCCACCCGGCUCCCCGGGGAGCGCUUCCAGGCAGCGCCGGCAGCCCCGGGAAGCCGCCGGGGGCUGCCCCUGCCAAGAAGAGGCGACGCGCACCGCCCGGACCCUCCCGCGGCCACCUCUCCGCCGCCUUCCCGCUCGGCGGCGGCCGAAAGCAGCCGUCCCCCGUCCCCUUCCCCGCCCCAACACCGCCCCUUCCCCGCCGCCGCCGGAGCCUCAGGUUCCCGGUAAACCGGGGCCGGGGACCCGCCCGGAGGGAGCCGCGCCAGGGCCAUGAAUAUUUCAGCGCCUCCUCAGCGCGUUUCUAAUUAAAGGUUGGGGCCCGGCGCUCCCCCCCCCGCGCCCCCCCCCCCCCCCCCUUUCCCCGUCUGCCCUCCUCCGGCUCACACACACACACUUGGGACCAGCUCCUUACGUCGGAGCGAGGAGAGGAGCGACCGAGCCCUGCCCGGGGGAGGGACGGGGGGGACCGGGGAGGGAGGGGAGAGGAGUUGGGGGGGGGGGGGGCUGUGCAGCAGCGACGCUCCCGAGGUUGCCAAGUGGACUUUUAUUGUUUUCCACCCACUUCCAAGUCGAUACUAUCUGCCGUCUCAUGUCCAUCCUAUAGCCUAUAUAAGCGGCUGCGCCGGCGAUGGACGGAAUAGGAAGCCUCCCCCGCCGGCAGCGGAUCGUUCAUUUUCAUCUGCUCGCUCGCCCUUUGGGUCAGGCUGCGAUGAGCGGACUGAGGUCUCCUGGGCUGCUGGGGCUGGUGCUCUUAAUGCUCUCGGCGGGAUAUUGCAAAGAGAAGAGUGACUCCGCAGAUCUGAAGGACAGGCAAAGCCUCUUAAAUCUUAUCAUGGAGAUCAUUCAGGAACUGAAAAGGUACCACCUGGAGAAGGACAGUGGGGUGCAGUACUUCUCCAAACACAACUAUAACUUAGACCGAAGGGAAGUGGCAGACUACGGAGGGUACCAGGAUGAGCAGAGAGUUGAAAUAGUUCCCAGAGAUCUGAGGAUGAAAGACAAGUUUUUAAAGCACUUAACAGGUCCACUCUACUUUAGCCCAAAAUGUAGUAAACACUUUCAUCGGCUUUAUCACAAUACAAGGGACUGCACCAUCCCAGCAUACUACAAAAGAUGUGCCAGGCUUCUUACUCGGUUGGCAGUAAGCCCAAUGUGCAUGGAAGGAUAAGAUAUUAUUACCAUGAAAAGAAAAACCAAGAACCACGAGAAGUGCCUUGGAAACCAACAGGGAAAUAGAACUUACUACCUUUAUAACAUAUUCCAUUGUGAACAAGAGAUUUAUUUUUGCAGAUUGACAGACUACUUCCCAUAGUUCUUUUAACAUGCAUUUUGUAGGUUGUCAACAGUUGGCAGAUUGACAUUCUCUUUACAGUAGCAUAACUGCCAGUAGUACAUAAUGCUCAAUACUUAAAAAACACACUACAACUGAUGUGUAAUGCUGCCAAAAAUUACGUAAACACAAAUAUUUCACCACGAAAAUUGAUGUUCUAUUGCUUAAUUCUACAAUUUUAAGGAAUGUUUGUUUGUAUAUCUAGAACUACUUAAGAUCUGCUCCACAGUAGUUGUGGUCACUUGAUAUCCUUCAUGCUUAUGCAAUUUUUUAAAAGUUUGGUUAAAACAGACUUGCAUCAGGGUCACAUUGUACCCUAGGAGUACAAAUUGCAUGACAAACAGAAAUGUAAUUCAAAGUAGACAUAUUUUUUGGGACAGUGGAGCAUGGAUUUUGUACACAAAACACAAGCUGCCAUUAAUUUACUUUAUAUAAUAAAUGUAUAAAACAUUCCAGCUAACGUGCAAUAUGUAAAUACUGUAAAUAACAGGCAUAAGUAAUAAAGUGUUUGGUAUUAAGAUGUCCUCAGUUUGCUUUCUGUUCACUGAACCCAGAAUUUGAAAAACAGGUGGCAUUUUCAGGUAGCUACAGUCAUUUAUCCACACAAGCAUCUUUCCAAUGAGAGUAUGCUAGCAUAAGAAAGGUACACCCACCUUGGAGAAGUCCUGUAAUUUGGACAUACUCUACGGACUUGGUAGGACGGCCAUAUCUGUGUAUUCCAGUCUCAUGAAAUGCCCGGCCCACAAGGUUGCUCCAAUUCCAGACAGAAUUCUAAAUUCGAAUCUUUUUUUUUUUUUAAUGACAAAUGGUUGUUUCAAAAUAAAUAAAUCAAUACAUCUGCAAUCUAUUCACAAUACUGCAAAGAAAUUAUUGUAACAAAUGUGCCCAGUAUUUUAGUAUCAACUUUUGAGGAGUCAGUGAACACUCACUCAAGAAGCCUUGUUAACAUUUCUCUUUCUUCCCUCAAUCUGAUAUUAAGUCCAGUUGUCAUAAUAAAAUGGCUCAAACAGGAAGAAAACCAUUAAGCACAAUUUGUAAAUACACCUCAGAAAGUUUUAUCUUAAUACUGGCAUUUAGCUUCAAUUUUAUCCUCAAUUAAAUCUUCAAAAUGUAAGCACAACACUCAAUACCCUGUUCCCUCCCCAAGAAGUAUCACUUCUUGAAAUUCACACUUAAGAGCCUUCAGCAUCUAGCUCUUCAGAA